AUGGCAAGAAGAAAGAAAAAAAAUAAGUAUUGCACUAACGAAGAGUGUCGGAAAAAUCUUUAUGGCCAAGGAGAUUGUAAAGACACAUCUGUUAUUGGAAUAAAAAAAUAUCACCGUGUUUUUGGAAAAUGGAAAUGUAAUAGAUGUAGAAAGCAAUGGAUUAGUGGCUAUAUUUGGAUUCUACUCCAAAAAUUUAAUAAUAACAUUCCCGCAUCAGAAUUAAACUAUGAAGAUUACUAUCAGCAAGAAUGUAAAAAAUGCCAUAGUGAAAUUAAUGAAUUAAUUGAAUGGCGGCCUCUUGAAAUAACAAAGAAAGUAAGUAAACGACCACAUGAGGAAGAAUUAUGUGCCAAGUGUCAAAUUGGAAUAAAAUGUCAAGAAGCAAAUGACUAUAGAUCAUUUUUUUAUUAA